UCACAAAUUCCACCAGAUGGCACCCGUACGCUAUGGACGCCAGGAAACGCAAAGGAGUAAAAGGAGGUUUGAAACCGGAAAUGUGAACCUAGUGACUGCUAAGUGGAUUUCGUUAGCUCCCCUCUUCCAAAACACACGAUGGCUUUUUGAUUGACAUAAGUUAACAGUUACGUAACGUCGAUAAAAGGAUAGUGCGAACAUGACAAAUGUUUACUCCUUCGAUGGCAUUCUGGUGUUUGGGCUGCUCUUCAUCUGCACGUGUGCAUACUUCAAAAAGGUUCCUCGCCUCAACAGCUGGCUGCUGUCAGAGAAGAAAGGAGUGUGGGGAGUCUUCUACAAAGCUGCAGUCAUUGGGACACGGCUCCAUAUUUCUGUGGCGAUCUCCUGUGUGGUCAUGGCUUUCUAUUUGAUCUUCCUGAAAUGAUGGAACCGGACUGGUUGGGGAGAUUUAAAAUGGCAUAAGCUAGUGCUGGACUCACUGUGGUCAUGGAUAGUCCUUAUGGGACAACUAGUGGACUAAGUGACCCAUGACGUCGCUUCGCCUCAUGGACUUGCUAUGAAAGAUGAGUAAGUGCCACCCCCUUGUGGUGACUGGGUACAUAACGUAUCCCAAAACAGAUGAAGUCAUCCUGAAUACACCCGAUAGUUUUAUUACAGAGAAGUGGGUGAGGCCUGUGGUGUCACUCCGUUUUGAACUCAAGCUGUUUGUCUUCUUCAUUCACAUACUUAUUUAUACUGAAGCUAUGACAAUGAGUCAUUGCAUUGUAAGCCUGUACAACAUGAAGUUAGUUGACUAAUAUUUUUUUUUCCUUUUGAUCAAACUGAAAAUGAUCAAUUCUACAUGUAAUGUUUUCCCCCAGUUACAUCUAUGUUGCUUCUUUGAUGGGUGGAUAAAGAAAUAAUAUAUGAUGUAUUUUGACACAAUAUUGUACCUUUCACUUUUGUUUUCCCACAUCUUGGGGAUUUUAAACAAAUUUUCAUACUACUCAACUCAGCCUAUCCAAUUGCAUACUGGAUUAUUUUGUUUGAGUCUGUAAUGACAUACAAAUAAAAAUUUAAACAAAUUGGACCAACACGUAUAAUAAAUCUGCCUCAAAAUAUGCCUACAAUGCUAAAUAAGGACAGUGGUUAUCUGGUCAUUUCAUGCGAUCAUUGAAAGAAAUGAUUGGGGAGUGGGUGCAAUGAAAUAUUGAUUAAAAUGUUAGCAACACAUCUUGUAUGUUGUUUUUAUUAAAAGAAAAGUCAAGACAUCUCUGCUCUUGUUUCCCGCUGUUGCUUUUUUUUUGUUUUCUAACCUUUAUUCUGAGUCUGUGUGGCACGAAUUCAGAGUAAAGCCAGUAGAACUCAGCUUCAAAUCACCAAUUGUUUUCAAUGCAAUCACUUAGUCUGGUUUUUCUGCUGUAAGCGUCACACGUUCUAAUUUCGAUGUAACAUAGGCUAUAGAUUUUAAUCCGAUCAAGCAGAUCGACUUUACUGUGACGAUAUUGCAGACAUUUUCAGUAUACCAUUUUGAAGAGCAACCAACUGUUCUGUAAUUCAAGAUGUUGAUUUUACGAUGUAACUACCACUAAGUACAAAUUGCACUCUAGUUUGACAGCUGCACUCAAAUUUAUUCAAGCCAUUGUGGAAACACUUUUGUUGUUUCUUGUGUUGAGCU